CCUCUUUGUCCUUGUGGCCGUCCUCUAUAUAAGUACCAAGCCCCUGCACCAUAAACUUAACAUUCCCAUCUCUUCACAUCCUCUUAUCUCAUCUCAUCAUCACUCAUUACUCAGUUUAUUUGCUCUCUUACGAUGGCGGCCUCGACUCUACUGUUUGUAGCUUCAAUUCUGCUGUCCUCCUUCGCGUUGAGUUGCUAUGCUAGCGGAACCUUCUCAGCGCUGCAGAAAUCUAUACUUCUCACAUCUUCACCUAAAAGCGGACAAGUCUUGAAAGCUGGAGAAGCAAACAUCACUGUGACAUGGUCUUUCAACAAAACCUAUCCCGCUGGAACAGAUUCGGCGUACAAGACUGUUAAGGUAAAGCUCUGCUAUGCUCCCAUCAGCCAAAAAGACCGCGGAUGGCGCAAAACAAAAGAUGAGCUUAAGAAGGACAGAACUUGCCAACACAAGAUUGUGAAAAGGGAUUACAAACCUGAGACGGAUUCGGUUACUUGGACUGUUGAAAGAGAUAUCCCAACAGCAACAUACUUUGUAAGGGCUUAUGUUUAUAAUGCAGAGGAGAAAGAAGUUGCCUAUGGCCAAAGCACUAAUGAUGGAAAGAAAACGAACUUGUUUGAAGUAGAGGCAAUCACUGGACGCCACGUCUCCCUUGAUAUUGCAUCUGUGUGCUUCUCUGUUUUCUCUAUUGUGUCUCUAGCUGGCUUCUUCUACCUGGAGAAACGAAAGGGAGCUGCUUCGCAGCAAAAGUAAGGGAAGGUUAUUUGUCGUUUAAAGUAUGUGCGCGGUUAUAUUAGGCUCCGCAAUCUUAUGUUAACUCAUCAAUAAGCAGACCUUGUUGUAACUUUAUAGGGCAUAGAUGAGUGGAUGAGAGACUUGGGAGUUACAUAGUUCUUUCUGUUUGUUAUAUACUGAAGGUUUUAAUUUACAUCUUAUGAAAUUUCUGAA